CUCUCUCUGUGCCCUUCCCCGCUCGCUCUAUCAAAAUAAGUAAGUAAACUUAAAAAAAAAGGAUGGGAAGAAGGACAUUCUCGGUGAAGCAACAUAAGCAAAAGAGACAUUAUAGGGCAUGUACAAAGAAACACCAAUUCCUAAGAUUUGGCUGGAGGGUGGGAUGUGAGAAGAGGAAUAGUCGGGGAUGUGGUUGGAAAGAUAGGUUGCAGUCAGCCUCAGGAGUUUGGAUUUUAAUGAGUUAGUAAUGGAGAGCUCAGAGUUUGAGCAAAAUGGUGAACUGAUUCUAGCUGUGAUUUGGGAAUAUUAAUGUAAUGAGAGUUACAUCAUGUGGGGUGGGGUGGGUUUUUUUGUAUUCUUUCUUUUUUUGGUUGGGGUAAGGGGAUAUGUUAGAAGGUUCCUGAGGCCAACAAGAGCCAAUGAAGACCUGACGGUACAGCUGCGAUGGGAAGAGAGUGACGGACAAGGAUAUUGGACGAGAUCGCUAAGGAGAGGCCUGAGGAUAUACUGUUUCAGAGUGACCUACACCUUGGCAGAGUCACCCCUGUUCCUCCAGGGUCUGCGCCGCCAUUUUGGAAAUCCGGUGUUGUCAGCUCACCGAGAGGCAUUCAGGCCCAGGAGAUCUGAUCCAAAAAAGAGCAAACUCACCAGAAACAUUAAUAAUUAAGGAUGCAGGCUCCAGAGAGGGACAAGCAAACAGGGGAUGAAAGCCCUUCGACACCUUCUCUGUCACCCCAGCCAGCUGCUGAGAAGAACUCAUACCUGUACUCCACGGAGAUCACACUGUGGACGGUGGUGGCCGCCAUCCAGGCCUUGGAGAAGAAAGUGGAUUCCUGCUUGGCCCGCUUGCUGACCUUGGAGGGGCGGGCGGGGACGGCCGAGAAGAAGCUGGCGGACUGCGAGAAGACGGCCGUGGAGUUCGGGAACCAGCUGGAGAGCAAGUGGGCCGUGCUGGGGAACCUGCUGCAGGAGUACGGGCUGCUGCAGAGGCGGCUGGAGAACAUGGAGAACCUGCUGAGAAACAGAAAUUUCUGGAUCCUGCGGCUGCCCCCGGGCAGCAAGGGGGAGGUCCCCAAGGUGCCCGUGACCUUUGAUGACGUGGCCGUGUAUUUUUCCGAGCCGGAGUGGGGCAAGCUGGACGAGUGGCAGAAGGAGCUCUACAAGCACGUGAUGCGGGGCAACUACGAGAUGCUGGUGUCCCUGGAUUAUGCUAUCUCCAAACCGGACAUCCUAACCCAGAUGGAGAGGGGAGAGGAGCCUUGUCCUGAAAGCCUGUGGGGUCAUGAGGAGGGGAGUAAGAGAGAGGCAGCACAUCCCAGGAGGCCAAGCCCUGGCCUCCCUCCACAUCCAGAGCACAUCCUCAGCCCCGUCAGCCCUGCCCAGGAUGAGCCAACAGAAGGGCGGGCCCCCAGGCACCAGCAAGACCCAGAAGCAAGGGGAAGCCUGGACGGAACCAUCGCUGGUCCACCAGCCUCGGUUAAACAGGAGGAAGAAUCUUCAGGUGGGGAAUCUCCAGCCUCCCCUCCCAGGGACAGCCUGCCCAGCAGGGGGCCAGGUGGUGGUGGCGUGGUCAUCAAGACAGAAGCACAGUCUGAGGACGAGAUGACGCCUGAGCAGCUCUUCCUGGGGGAGUCCCGGAGCCAGACCGUGUGUCGAAUGCCCAAAAGGCCCAGGAGCAGGACUGGGGGCCCUGGGCGGCUUCAUGCCUCCGGGGUGCCGCGGGUGCGGGGGGGGAACCCGCGGCCCGGAGGGGCCGCCGGGGAGCCACCCCGCAUCCUCCCUCGACGCCGCGAGCGGACCUUCCCCUGCCCUGACUGCGGGCAGAGUUUCCGCCUGAAGAUCAACCUGACCAUUCACCAGCGGAGCCACGUGGAGGAGGAGCACCGGGAGGCCCCGGGGAGCUCGCCCACCGGCUGGGGGGAGGACCACUCCACACUGGAGCCGGGGGAGGUGGUGGUGCCGGGCCCCGUCAUCCGCUGGCUCCCCGACGAUCCCGGAGCGCGCCGCUCCCUGGCAGGCCGUCCGUUCAUGGGACGGAGGCCGGAGGCCACCAAGGUAUAUCACUGCAGCGAGUGCCUGCGCUUCUUCCAGCAGCGGAAGACCCUGCUGCUGCACCAGCGCCUGCACACGGGCGACAGUCAGGGCUGGCCCGCCUGUCCCUACUGCGGCAAGGCCUUCCGCCGGCCGUCCGACCUCUUCCGCCACCAGCGCAUCCACACCGGCGAGCGGCCCUACCAGUGCCCUCAGUGUGGCCGGGCCUUCAACCGCAACCACCACCUGUCUGUCCACAUGCAGACUCACGCCCGGGGCCAGGCGGGCCCGCACUUUCCCGCUCCCUCUGCCGUCGCGGGGAGUCCACCCCGGCCCAGGCCCAGCCACACUGAGGAGGGCUGACCCGGCAGGAGCCCUGCGGGGGGUGUGGGGGGGCCCUCUGCUCUCCUGGGCACCCCCAGCGGGACUGCUGUCCGCCUUCAGGCCUUUCCCCUGGUGCCUGACGCCCGGUUCCUCGUUCUGGGAAGCUUUGGAGAGGUUUUUUGUUUGUUUUCGUUUUUCAUUCAGAUGGGAAGCGGUGGCCUUUUUAGUGACUGUCUGUGGCCAGAUGCCUGAAUUUCCUAAGUUUCCUAAGUUUGUCAUUCUUUGCUGCCUUUUCUACAUUCCUGACUUAGAAAGGAUCCUCGAAGGUUUAGAGGAUGCCCAGUUUCGGUGAGAGCCUUUGGCAGGUACGGGAGGCGGGCGGGGGGACUGGAGACAGUGGCCCUUGCAGGUAGGGAGCGACGGAGACACCGAGGGCCUGCAGUUUUGUCAUUGUACACAGAGGUCACAGCAGAGUGGACAGUUUGAAGGGUGGGCACUGGAAAUUUGAAUUUCCUACUUUUGUUAUUUGAAACCUUCCCCAAACCCCCUCCUUAUGGAGCUUUUCUGAUGCUUUUGUAAGUAUUGUGUGUGGUUGCAAAGGGGACCAGGAGCCCCCAGGGGCAGGAAUUCUCCUGCCACCUUGCGUGUGGGGACAGCAGGGGGGCUCUCCACAUCAGCCAGGGUGUUGACAGGGAUUCCUUGGCUGCUGCCCUGGAGACCAGGUGCCUUCCCAGGUAUGUGAGUCCCCGUAUUCCAACAUCCGUGAUUGAUUUCGGUUAUUAGUUGAGAGCGGGAAACAAGUCGAGAGUGGAUGACGCCUCCUCCAAGGUCUCAGUGUUAAUGGGUAUGUCCGCUCCUUGCUGGGAGGGGGGUAGCUGCUUUGAGGGGAGGGAUGCAGACCCAGCCAUAGGAGGCUCUUCCCCACCAGGAAGAUCCUGGUGUGGGUGAGGCUGGCCAGUCAGCCUGGACUUCUGGGCUGCCGGGCCUGACUUGCCACCUUAAAAGAGGGGUCUGUUUCCAAGAACUUGGGGCCGGUAGCAGAGAAAGGCCAGAUCUGGGUGAAUUUUUCUUAACCACUUCCAUUUCAGGUUCCUCACUUGUCAAAGGGGGUAAUGACCCCAGCGCAUCCUACCUCACCUUAGGGUUUUCAGGGUCAUAAGAGAUUUAGAGGCAGUGGGGCAAACGGGGAGUGUGGUUUGAUCCUGCAAGUUCAGGGCCCCCUCUCUGUCCCAUUCCAGCCCUUCCCCCCCCCAGCCAGAAUCCCUCAGAAAGGACCUUUAUUUUCUGGAGUGAGUGGAAGGUCCUCUGGGUGCAGAGUGAGGUGAGACAUUCCCAUCGGCUACAUCCCCUAGGAGCCCUUUGUAUUUCAGCGGAACAAAUUCUUACGACAGCAAGGAGGUUCAAGCAAGGAGGUUCAAGCCGUGGAAGCUGGAACAGCGUCAGGCCUCCUGGAAACAUCGAGGGCAGCUAGCAUCUUGUGCCUCUUAAGUAACACCACCGUGGGUGCUACCUAGAGACUAGCCCUUGGUUUGGGUGAUUUUCAAACUGGAGUAAUGGGUCCUUCGCUGUUUUGACUGUUGUCUUACUUUCCUGGCACGGUGUGAAAUGGCCGGCAUUCAGGCCUGCUUCCCGGUGCCUGGGUCCCUGGCUGGGCCACUUCUUGUGGCCCCCUCUGCCCUCACGCCUCUCCCCAAAUCAUGAACGGAGCUGGGGGCAGAUGGGAACAUUGCCAUAACCUUUGGGGCAAGAACGAGUAAACAAGUCUGUGCGAGCCCAGCCACACUCCCCUGGGCUUUGGAAGAAGGGGUGCCACCCUUCCCUACUGUGCAUUCUUGCUUCUCUGCUCUGACACUCCCAACCCUCUCCAGGGGCCUCACCAGUCAGGACUGGGCUCUGACAGGAUAUGGUGUAAAGGUAGCUGCUCUGAGCCUGCCCCUUAGCGCUCAGAGCUGGUCUCCGGUGUUUCCUGGGGAUGCCUCAAGGGCUCCGAGUUCCUAGGCCUUUCUAAUGCUAAAUGCCCUGUGUAAAUACUGGGACUCCCGUGGUCGCGGGAACCCGGGGUGAUCGGGGUGAUCGCAGGGCACAGGCUCCCCCUUCUUCCAAAGCUAAGGCCUUGGGAGUUUGCCUGGCACUCAAUCGGUGUUCAAGGAGCGUUCUUUACACCAAAUCAAUCAACGGAUGCUGCGUGGUGCAGAAGCAGAGGGGUGCUCCAGAGUCCUGGAGACUAGCACUUGGUUUGGCUCUUAGACUCACUCCUAGCUCUAGGUCUCGGCUUCCUCCUUUGUAAACAAGGAAGGGUGGGGUCCUGGCGCUUAAAGGCCCUUCAGAACUGUGACGGUAGCGGCCCUUUGCCUUCAUGGGUGCUCAAUAAAUAUGUUGGACUCAA